CGCCGCCGUGUCCGUCAUGGCGGCGGCGCUGUCGGGGCCGCUGCGCCCCGAGCUGGCCCAGGCCGUGUCCCAGGCGCGGGUCCUGGUGGUGGGGGCCGGCGGCAUCGGCUGCGAGCUGCUCAAGAACCUGGUGCUCACCGGCUUCAGCAGCAUUUACGUGAUUGAUUUGGAUACUAUUGAUGUCAGCAAUCUCAACAGACAGUUUCUGUUUCAGAAGAAACAUGUUGGAAGAUCAAAAUCACAGGUUGCCAAGGAAAGCGUGUUACAGUUUUGUCCAGAAGCUAAUAUUAUAGCUUACCAUGAUAGCAUCAUGAACCCUGACUAUAACGUAGAGUUCUUCCGCCAGUUUACGUUGGUUAUGAAUGCUCUGGAUAACAGAGCUGCCCGUAACCAUGUGAACAGGAUGUGUCUGGCCGCUGAUAUUCCUCUUAUAGAGAGUGGAACUGCAGGCUACCUUGGACAAGUAACUGUUAUCAAAAAGGGAGUGACAGAAUGCUAUGAAUGUCAGCCUAAACCAACUCAGAAAACUUUCCCAGGCUGCACAAUCCGAAAUACGCCCUCAGAGCCUAUCCAUUGCAUUGUGUGGGCCAAGUAUUUGUUCAACCAGUUGUUUGGAGAAGAAGAUGCUGAUCAAGAAGUCUCACCUGACAGAGCUGAUCCUGAAGCUGCCUGGGAGCCAGCAGAAGCAGAAGCCAGAGCACUAGCAUCCAAUGAAGAUGGUGAGAUUAAACGUGUUUCAACUAAGGAGUGGGCUAAAUCCACUGGCUAUGAUCCAGUUAAACUUUUUACUAAGCUUUUCAAAGAUGACAUUAGAUAUCUGCUGACAAUGGAUAAGCUGUGGAGGAAAAGAAAGCCUCCAGUGCCAUUGGACUGGGCUGAGGUACAAAAGCAAGAGCAAAAAAUACCUGACCAGCAGAAUGAGAGCUCUGCAGUGCUGAAGGAUCAGCAGGUUCUCAAUGUCAGGAGCUAUGCAGACCUGUUUUCAAAGAGUGUUAAAACCCUGAGUCUUCACCUGGCUGAGAAGGCUGAUGGAGAAGCACUUAUAUGGGAUAAGGAUGACCCUUCUGCCAUGGAUUUUGUCACUGCUGCUGCAAACCUCAGGAUGCAUGUUUUUGGAAUGAAUAUGAAGAGCAAAUUUGAUAUCAAGUCAAUGGCAGGAAAUAUUAUCCCAGCUAUAGCUACUACCAAUGCAGUGAUAGCUGGGCUGAUAGUGCUGGAGGGUUUGAAGAUUUUAUCGGGGAAAAUAGAUCAGUGUAGAACGAUUUUUCUGAACAAGCAGCCAAAUCCCAGGAAGAAGCUAUUGGUUCCUUGUGCUUUGGAUCCACCAAAUCCCAAUUGUUAUGUAUGUGCAAGUAAGCCAGAAGUGACUGUGAAACUUAACACACACAAAGUUACUGUGUUGACACUCCAGGAUAAGAUACUGAAGGAAAAAUUUGCUAUGGUAGCACCAGAUGUACAAAUAGAUGAUGGAAAGGGAACUAUCCUGAUCUCUUCAGAAGAAGGUGAAACAGAAGCAAAUAACCACAGGAAAUUAUCAGACUUUGGAAUUCGAAAUGGCACUCGACUACAAGCAGAUGAUUUCCUCCAGGACUAUACUCUGUUAAUCAAUGUGCUUCAUAGUGAAGAUCUAGAAAAAGAUGUAGAAUUUGAAGUUGUUGGUGAUACCCCUGAAAGAAUUGGCCCUAAACCAUCAGAACCAACAUCCAGGAACAUUAGCAAUGGUAGUGAUGAUGGAGCACAACCCUCAACAUCAACAGCUCCAGAGCAGGAAGACGUGGUGAUUGUUGACUCUGAGGACGAAGGUACUUCCAGCAACGCUGAUGAUGUGGAGAGCAAGAGCCGCAAGAGGAAGCUGGAGAAGGGCUGUGAGUGCGUGGGGGCCAAGAGAUCGUGCACUGAGCAGGAGCAGGACGACCUCAUGAUUGUGGAGUCUGAGGAUGAGGGGGCUUCCAGCAGCCUCGGGUAGGAGGAGAGCAGGAGCCACAAGAGGAAACUUGAAGAGAAAGGGUGCGAGUGCAUCGGGGCGAAGAGCGUGUGCUGAGCUAAGAGCAAGAUGAAGAGCAUUUGGGGGAACCACCAAAGGCCCCUUGACAAAGUGAUUCACAUAAU